UCGGUCCCGCUGGCAUCCUGCAGCCAAGGUUGGAGUGCGCGCAGAUAUCGCUUGUCCCUGCCUUGCAUACUUAAUUCCACAGGAGCUCAACCUCGGAGCUGGUGUCCUGAUUCUCGGGUUGGAGGAGGGGGGUGGUGAAUAACGCUGGAGGCCGGAGGAUUUGAUUAGACGGCAGAGUGCUGGUGGGGUUGGCUGCAUAUUAGACCCACUGGCUAACGCUGGAGGUGGAUGGAGGAGGGAGAGCGGGUGGAGGAGCAGAAUUUGACUUGAGUCAGUGAGAAGUGCUGCUUGUAUUGACAGAAGCUGUUUCCCUUCAACACCUCCUCCCAACCCCCACCGACCUUCAAAUCUGUCCUGAAUCCUCACAGCAUGGAAGAGUCACUUGGUAGAUUUCUGAGCAGUUUACGGUGAUUUCUGUGGAGUUUUUACACUUUUCAAACUUAAUAAAAAGACAACUGCUCAUUUGAUUGAGCCGAGAGACAACGCCAACGGCUCAGACAAGAGGAAACUAUGAUCUGGAGGAGCUUUGAGGUGGCUUUCAUUUUGUCAUCCUAUGUCUGCCUGUCCCGCUGUGGACCAAGUGUUGAGGGUGACCCAGAGCUGGGGUCCGGGGCAUCACUCCCAGAUGAAGUAGACUUGCUGGACAAGCUUGCUUCCUUGUCAUUUGAUCUCACCAACAUUUCCAUUUCACUUGAUGAAGAGAAUUGCAUGGUCUAUGAAAUUGGACAAUAUUCCACCCUCAGCAUAACAAGUGAAGAAGUAUUUGGAACCAGUUUUCCAGAUGAAUUCAGCCUCAUGAUCAAACUGCGCUACACGAUGAGAGAAGACACUGUCCUUUUCACUGUGCUGAGCUAUCAAAGCCACGUCCUACUCCAAGUCAGACUCAGUCCCUAUGCCUUUGUUUUUGUGACCACCAGGAGGCGCCACUAUGAGUUUCCUGUUUCUUUUCUUUCAGAUGGAAAUUGGCAUAAAGUUGCAAUUAGUGUUGCCUUGAAUAAAAUGGAAGUGUAUGUUGACUGCAAGCUUAUCGAAAGUGUCAGGUGGAAAAAUUACUUCGGGAUGGAAAUAACUACAGAUGGCCUGGUCAUUGUAGGAGGACUGAUUGAGGCCUUUGAGACACCUUUCAAGGGGCUAAUUCAGCAAUUGUUAUUUGUCAUGGGAGAACCAACUGCAGCCAAAGCACACUGUACAAAAUACAGCCAAGAUUGUAGGGAGACUUCUGACACUGAGACUGUCCUUAAUGGCUCUGGAUCUCAUCUGAACAAAUAUUUUUUACCAGUACAGUCUGAGAGUUCUGAGUAUACAACCCCUAAGACGCAUGCAAGAUCUACCUUACCUGGGAUUCUUACUAAGGGUAUUCUAAGGAAGAUUCCGACUGUGAAUAUUUCCAUUACAGACUCUGGACCAGGAAGGCCAAUUGAAGAUGAUCAACAUGGGAGCAUAGAGCUGCUAAACCUUACUUACAAUGAAAUAACAAAUUCAGGACGAGCCUGGUCUGGUUUAAAUAUCAGCAAUCCAACAUUCACACUUAAUACUACAGGCAUUUCAAAUGCCAUUCCCCAGGUUUUUGAUUUCAGGCUCAAUAAAAUACGAGGAAAGAAUGACAAGUGGCCUAAUUUAGGGACUUCCAAUAAACUUGAUGAACUUAUUGGUAAAGACUUCUACUUAUCGAAUACAGAAGAUCAAGAACCUGUCACAAUCCAUGGAGAUGAACAGGAUAGGGGAUUAGUAGUCUCUGACAAAUCCACAAUGUCAUUAGCCACUCCAACAACUUACACAUAUUUUCAGACAAUUUCAUCAACUUCAACACCCCAAGAUAUGAUCUUAUCUCAAAAGAAGAUAGAUUCACAGCAGGAGGGAAACAUGUUGGCCAAAUAUGAUAACCUUGCAAAUGAGAAUACUGCAGACUCAAAGAGGAUGAGGUGGUAUGAAGUUGACAUUGAUCUAGAGGGCGAACAUUUCCUGGGUGAGAAAAGCAAAGGAGAUAUUGCUUUCAAAGCAGAGACCAAGGGAAUGGAUCAGAUUGAUGACUCAAUCUAUUGGGAAAGUGACAGACACCAUGAUGUUUUAAAGAGUGCUGGAAAUCAAACAGUGAGCCAUCCAAAUCACAAAGGUCAAAUGAGAAAAAGGAAAGGACCCCGUGGGCCACCAGGACCGCCAGGGCCACCUGGCCCAAUAGGUGACCCUGGACCACCGGGACCGAAAGGAAACAAAGGUUAUCCAGGUGGAAUAGGACGGACUGGCCAAACUGGUGUUCCUGGUCUUCCGGGUCCUCCUGGCCUGCCAACAAUUUAUCCGUGGAGAAAUUCACGUGAAGACUGGUUGGCCUUCUUCCAAACACCUUUUUAUCAGAUAUUGCAAGCAGGAUGGCCUACACAGCGUGGGAUUCCAGGGCCCCAUGGACAACCAGGAAAGCCAGGACCGCCUGGUCCUCGUGGAGACCCAGGAAAUCCAGGCACACCAGGCUUACCAGGGGACAUGGGGCUUGAAGGACCAAGGGGUUUCCCAGGCUUACCAGGUCGAAAGGGGUCUCACGGAAUCCCUGGUGAAGUUGGUCCUCGAGGUCCAACUGGAAUUCCUGGAGAACAGGGACCUCAGGGCUACAUGGGAGACAAUGGAAUCCGUGGAGAGAAAGGGGAGCAGGGAUUUAGAGGAUUACCUGGACCAAUUGGGGAUAAAGGAGAAAAAGGAGCCAAGGGUGACCAAGGUGAAAUUGGACUCCCUGGGCCUUUUGGACUUUCAGGUAUCAGGGGUUUGAAAGGAAUUCCUGGACUACAAGGACCCAGAGGUCCCCCAGGAGAGUUUGGAUUAAUAGGAGCACCAGGACUGCCUGGACCAAUGGGUGAAGAAGGACCGCCAGGACCAAAGGGUGUAGCAGGUGUGAAUGGCUCAGAGGGGCAGAUUGGGUUGCCAGGGUUACCUGGACAGAGGGGCCCUCAGGGACCACAAGGUAUGAAUGGAAGAAGGGGAUUUAAAGGAAAGAGGGGGCAUCAGGGCCGUCCUGGAUUAGAAGGACUAGCUGGUACGAGGGGGGAUCCUGGUGAAGAUGGACCAUCUGGGCCCAAAGGGGAGCCUGGUUCUGAAGGCCCAAGGGGUGUGAUUGGAAUGCCAGGUAUCAGAGGUCUACCAGGCGAGCCAGGGUCAAGAGCAUCAGAUGGUGCACCUGGGGACCCUGGAGAGAAAGGGGAUACUGGGCCAUCUGGGUCACCAGGUAAAAAAGGAUUCCUAGGACCAAGAGGGCCACCUGGCAUUCCUGGAAAUUUUGGGCAUAAGGGACAGAUUGGAGCAGUUGGACCUGAUGGUGAGGACGGAGUCAUGGGUCUUAAAGGACAGCAAGGACCUGUAGGACCCAAGGGCAACAGAGGAUCUGAUGGCCCCAAAGGAAUUCAAGGAUCCAGAGGGCACAAGGGACGCGUAGGUCAGCGAGGAUUAGUAGGAUUACCUGGACCAGCAGGAUUAAAAGGCCAGCAAGGAAUACCGGGUCCUGAAGGAAAGCCUGGUACACAGGGUGCAUCUGGAAUUCCAGGUGAUACUGGGAAAAAGGGGUCAUCUGGCUUCAGAGGAAUAAGGGGUGAUCGAGGAUCAGACGGACCUCCAGGACCACCUGGUCCUCCCGGGCACCCAGGACUAGAUGGAAUUCCUGGUCAAAUAGGAGAAAGGGGUCCCACUGGUAAACCUGGACUCCCAGGACCGCAAGGACCUGUAGGCAUGUAUGGAUUCCCUGGCCCUUUGGGUUUGCGAGGAAGGUCAGGAUCAAGGGGAAGCAAGGGAGAACCAGGUAAAAGGGGACAACCGGGACAUUCAGGAAAACCAGGUCUAAAAGGUCCACGUGGCAAGCCUGGUGAGAGAGGGCCUCCUGGACCAACAGGCAGAAUGGGAGAUCCAGGCCCUAAAGGAUUAAAAGGGCUUCCUGGUCAACCUGGAAACCCAGGGAGAGAUGGUGCUUUUGGCAAGGUGGGACCCCCAGGUGACCAAGGACCCCCUGGAGCAACAGGCCUCAGUGGAAGCCAUGGAUAUAAAGGAAGAGAAGGCACUUUUGGACCAGAAGGAUCUCUUGGACAAAAGGGGGAGAUGGGUGAAAUGGGCCCAAUGGGAGACACUGGUAUAGCAGGACUGGAUGGGGAGCAGGGUGCACCUGGACGUGUAGGUGAAGGAGGCCCUGCAGGAAGGAAGGGAGAACAGGGUGCCCCAGGAAGCCCCGGGAUACUUGGCCCAGCAGGAAUGAAAGGAGAAGCAGGAGCUGAGGGAUUACCAGGGCCUCCAGGAGAGAGAGGAGAAUCUGGAGCAAUGGGGGAGAUAGGUCCUGAAGGUGACCCUGGAGACCUGGGGCCAAAAGGAGAAAAGGGUGUUAUCGGCCAACAGGGCCCUCCCGGUCCAUUUGGCCCUAUUGGAAUAACAGGAAGAACAGGUAGCCGAGGGCAGAAAGGGGAAAAAGGAGAGCCCAGUUUAAUGGGUCCUGUAGGUCUGAUUGGCGUUACAGGCCUGGUAGGACAUCGUGGACAACCUGGUGAAGUGGGACCGAUUGGAUCACAUGGAAACGUUGGCCCCAAAGGAAAGAAGGGUGAAUCUGGACCUGUGGGAAAGCCUGGACCAUUGGGUGAUAUUGGACUUGAGGGAUUACCUGGGGAGAAAGGAGAAGUUGGUGAUCAUGGCAACCCUGGACCCAUUGGUCCACCAGGUCCUAUGGGAACCAAAGGUUUACAAGGACCCAGAGGUGAAAUUGGAUCUCAGGGAAUGAAGGGUGAAGUCGGUCUUGAGGGAGAACCAGGUCUCAUGGGACCAGAUGGACCGGUUGGUGAAACAGGCCCAGUUGGGAAACCAGGAAUAGAGGGUCCUCUUGGAGAACAAGGACCACGAGGUGGAGUUGGCCAACCAGGCAGAAUGGGUACAAAAGGUCAACGAGGACCUGAAGGCAGAAUGGGGGUCAAAGGAGAAAAGGGUGACACUGGGAUUGAUGGAAAGCCAGGAGACCCAGGAAAACCAGGAAGGAUGGGGAGGAGAGGAAAAGCAGGGUCAAGAGGUCUAAGAGGAAAAAAAGGCUUCAAGGGCUCAAGAGGUGAAGCUGGACCUGUAGGGCCGCAUGGAUCGAUUGGAUCUCCUGGAAUUCCAGGACUAAGAGGAGACAAGGGGAUUCUUGGCCUGAAAGGUCGUAAGGGAGUAAUGGGAGAUGCAGGACUUCCUGGGCCUCUUGGGGAUCAGGGGAAGAAGGGGAAACCAGGAUCCGCAGGUCUAUCAGGAGCGGCAGGUUGUAAGGGUGAACAGGGUGACAUUGGCCAUCCCGGGGAUGAAGGAAUGAAAGGAAUGCCAGGAUUGCGGGGUCUACUCGGACCAAAGGGGCUUAAAGGAUUUCCGGGAAUGCCAGGAAUGAAAGGUGCUGUAGGACCACCAGGUCUCCCUGGUCCUCCUGGUCCGCCAGGACAUUCGUUGAAAAUUCCUAAAGAAGAAUACCAGAUACUUUUCAGCAAAGCGCAUGGUACAGUUUCCCAGAAAAUUUGGAAAACUCUGGAAGCUUUAAACAUGGAAAUUCGGUAUAUUGUUGCCCCACCCACUGGAAGCAAGGACAACCCUGCCUCGACCUGCAAAGAACUGAAGCUGUGUCAUCCACAGCUCAGUGAUGGUUUCUAUUAUAUUGACCCCAAUCAAGGUUGCCCCUAUGAUGCACUCCGGGUGUAUUGCAACUUUACAGGUGAUGGUGCAACCUGUUUGCCAACUGUGGAAAAUGAGGUCCCUACGAAAGUCUGGUUCAAAGAGUAUCCAAAGGAAAAUGCACAUCAGUGGUUCAGCGCUACAGAGGGAGGAUUUUUGUUUGAAUAUCCUGGAGUAAACAUUGUGCAGCUUCGUUUUUUAAAACUUCACAGUACAUCUGCCACACAAAAAAUAACCUACAAGUGUAAACCUGGUCUUGAUUUGUUCAAAAUGAACAUAAGUGAUCACAGAACAAUUCAAUUCAUGGGUGACAACCAAAAGAAGAUAUAUAAUGGGCACAAGGGCUUUUCAGUUAAUUUUGAUGGAUGCUCGGUGAAUGAAUCUGGACCGCAUGAAAUUGAGUUUGAAGUCACCACAGAUGAAGUUGAUCUACUACCUCUAAGAGAUUUAGCACUCCUUAAUAAUGGCAAUGGCACUCAGGAGUUUGGCUUUUCUGUUGGUCAAGUAUGCUUUUACUAAUCAUGUAAUCUAGUAUCUGAAGGACCAAUGGACAAUAUGAAUACAAAUAAACCAACAAGUGAGGACAAGAAAAACAAUUUUUUUUCAAAUGACUAACUGCAAGACAAGUGCUUUUACGAAAGCUGCAUUUUUUUUUGGAAAGCAUUAUUUACAAAGGCCUCCAUUAACCUUUGGACUAAGUUCCUACUGAAGGGCCAUGUAUUGUUUACAUGUGUGAUGCAACUUUGAAGAGUUUGCUGCCAAUUUCUGCAGUAUAUGCCUACCACCUUACAUAUAUUGGAUGGUACUUGAUUGAGGGUCAAAGCUGGGUCAUGUUGUAUUUUUGUGUUCAUUAAACACCUAAAAUUAAGCUUUCAAAACCGGAUGAAUGAGCACUGAACUCACAGUUUGCAAAAUUGAUCGCAGUUAUUAUUGAGAAACUGCAUUUGCAUGUGUACGUACAAACACUACUGUUGCCUGUCAGUCUUCUACUGUAUCAUCAACACCUAGCCCAUACCUUAUUCCUUAAAAGCAUGACACAAGGCAGGGUCUUGACUUCAAUAAUGCGCAUGUAUAUUAUUUCCUGCUUUAUUCUGAAGGGUGCAGGAUUGAUGUUAUAUGCAGUAAUUGUAAUACAAGCUGGAGGUUUCAGGUCCAUACUGAUCAGCAGCAGAGGUUCAGUUACAGUUUAUCAGUGCAUUUUGCCUUGCAGUCGCCAUGAGUUCGUGAAGGUUCAACAUAAAUUUCUGAACUUAUUCUUCCAACAUAAAGAAGACUGCAAUUCCAGAACACAUUUGGUUCUUUGUAUUUGUUUACAUGCUACUAACAACUCAGAUAUAUUUACAUAAUGCUACUAAAAAGAGAGUCCGUGGAAAAUAUACCUCACUGUUGACCACAUUGUAUGGCUGAACUGAAUGUGACGUUUUAGACAGCCACAAUCAUCUGCCAGCAUGCAACAGUUCUGUUUGUAUCCUAUGGCAGGAAAACCCGAUCAGGCAUAUUUAACCAUAAUGUGGAUAACAUCUGCAUAUUAAAUACUGAAUAGUAACAAUAAAUUAUCUGCUGCAUCAUUCUGUAAAAAAAAGAAAACCAUUUCAGGAACUAGCUAUUGAAUCAAUUCUCAACCAUUUAUGUAGGAGAAAGAGAGGCAACACUGCCCACAAAGCCUUUUCUGGUUUGAUAUUGCUUGUUCAUAUUUUAAUCCUUUCUUAAUUUUGAUUUUAUACAUUGCGCCAGUUUUUUUAAAAUUUUAAAUACUUAUAGAUUCUCUUCUUUCUGUACAAGGUGCGAAAGGUUUAUUAGUAUAAAAUAAAAUGGCACACGCCUAGAAUGUUGUAUUUAUAUACCUUACCUGGCAGUGAAGGGGUAUUUUCUGCUUUCUAGCAAUACUGUAUCACAGAUCUUAUUUCUAUCAUUACUUUUGUGUAAUAUACAUCCUCUCUGUUAGAGCAUGAUCCUGAAUGAAAGUGAUAUGCUGGUCAUUUUUGCUGAUUAAAAUUCCAAUUUUUGUGAAUAAAUAAAGGUAUUUUAAAUGUA